AAAUCAUUGGCUUUGUCUAAACUCAAAGAGCAAAACCAAUAAAAAGAAACAUCAAGAAUGAUGAGCUCUAUGGUUCUUUCACCACCUUUGAGUGGUCUAUCACAUUCCAAAUUAGUAACAAACUCCAACAAGUACUCUUAUUCACCCUCUAAGGCUCAUUGUAUUUAUUUUUCAAACAAGAUUUCUCUUGAAUCCAGCUCCAAAUCAUCAUUUAUACAUGGUGAUUUCACUUUUCCUUCACCAAAUCUCUCAACAUUUGUAUCAAAAUCUUCAUCUUCCAAUAUUAUCACUGCCCAAACCUCUCCACUUGGUGAACAUGUCAUCUAUGAUUUUCAAGCUAAGGAAAAGAGAAGAGGUCUCUCACUCAGUUGCUUUAGAGAAAAAGUUGUUCUGAUUGUCAAUAUUCCUGAGCAAGGUUCCAUAUGGACAGAGUCGCAGUAUGAAUUACUUCAUUAUCUAUAUGACAACUAUAAAUCUCAAGGGUUUGAGAUAGCUGCAUUUCUCUAUAAUAAAAAAGAAACAGACAAGGCAGGAUCUAAAAAUGCACAAAAAGCACCAUCAGGGGGCCAGCUACAAAUUAAAGCUUCUAGGUUUCGAAUAUUCGAUAAGGUAAGAAUUAAUGGUAGAAGGGCACAUCCACUAUUUGUACAUCUAAGGUCAAAAUUUGGUAUAGGAGAAGCUAUCACUACUGAAUUCCACAAGUUUUUAGUAGAUAGAAAUGGAGUACCUUACAAAAGCUUUGGAUUGGACACCCCAUGUAAUGUGAUCGAGGAAGAGGUUAAGCAUUUACUCUUGGAGGAUGCAGAUUGACAAAGUUUAAGCAUCUCACGUAGUAUGGAUGACACACAUUAUUAUUUACUUUGACUUUUUGCUGUUUUCUGUUUUUUUACAUACAUAUUUUCUAACAAAGUAAUAAUUUAUCUCUUGGAAAAUACAUGUUGAAAAUAGGCACAAUUU